AUAUGGACUAAUGGUUUCACCCUUCAAAAACUGCCAAAGAGAUUUUCCAUUUAAGAGCAUUUAUAAUGGAAAUCAUACGAUUUGCAAGGUCUAUGCUGUACUUGGAUUAAAACGGUCGGUCCUUCCUUUAUUGAAAUACGUAGGAAAUUUACAAUCUUUGAAUCUUGUCAUCUAGAAACACAAUGAAAGCCGGCGGCAGACACGUGUGCAAUUGCUUACAAACACCUACACACUUUACGAGCCACUUGCUGCUUGUGCGUCAGAUGGCAGGACAGUGAUUCAGAGAAACUUUUUGCCGUUGGCUUCUUCUCCCCUCCCAGUUCCAUAGACAGGCAGCGCGUGUGAGAGCACAACGGUGUGUUUUCGGGAGAGAGAGCGUGUGUAGGAGGGAGGGCAGAAGGGGUUACAUGAGCAGGAGCCAUGAUGAUCGUCGUCGCCCUUCCUUCAGCCUCUCAGGAGUACAGUACCGGCGUGGAGUCUGCAUGUCUUUAACCUCCUUCUCGUAACCUCUCGGCCGCUUACUGAAUGCAGGUAUGGAUGCUGAAUUUGAACUUGAAUGUUCAUCAAAUAUGCAGCUAACAGGGAUGCCAAAGGAAAAAUAUGAUCCCCCAGAUCCUAGAAGAUUAUAUACCAUCAUGUCAGCAGAAGAGGCAGCUAAUGGAAAGAAGUCACAUUGGGCAGAAUUGGAAAUCUCUGGUCGGGUUAGAAGCUUGAGCAUGUCAUUAUGGACGCUGACACAUUUAACUGCACUACAUCUUAAUGAUAACAACCUUACUCGCAUUCCACCGGACAUUGCCAAGCUACAAAACUUGGUUUACCUGAAUUUGUCGUCCAAUAAAUUACGCAGUUUGCCAGCAGAGCUUGGAAACAUGGUCUCACUCAGGGAAUUGCAUUUAAAUAACAAUCUUUUACGGGUUUUGCCUUAUGAACUUGGACGGCUAUUCCAGUUGCAAACCUUGGGUUUAAAAGUUAAAGCACAGGAAGGUGAAGAGACUUGCUCAUGGUCACACAGUGUCAGUUGUGGGGUUUGA